CAUUCAAUAAACUUUACUUGUAUUUAUCUUGUUUUAAUGUAUAAGAGAGAACAUUAUGAAAAAUGGCUGAAGUUGGCGGACGAAAGAAAAUAACAAGGACCUUUUCGAAAACAUCGUUUCCAUGGUUUGAACGGAAGAGCAGAUUUAUGGAACUCAGUAUAUUCAAACAACCACAGUGCCUCAUAUUUGAAGAUGAAUCGGGAAAUCUAGAUAUUAAAGACUCUGUGUUAAAUGAAAUUGAAGUCAUUGAUGUUCCUUUAAGUAUUGCAGCUAUUGUAGGAUUAUACAGAACAGGCAAAUCGUACUUGAUGAACCAAAUAGCUCACCGCAAAUCCGAAGGGUUUUCAAUGGGGCACACGGUCCGUUCCCAUACGAAAGGCAUAUGGGUAUGGUGUAUUAUUCAUCCUACAAAAGAACGCCAUGUUUUAAUGCUGAUAGACACAGAGGGGCUGGCGGAUCCCAAAAAGGCAAAUGAAGAAUCCGAUCAAAAAUUAUUUUGUCUCACGGUGCUUUUGAGCAGUACAUUGAUUUAUAAUGUGAGGGGAGUCUUCAAUGCAGAUGCUAUUAAGAAAAUAUCAUUUGUGUCAAAAAUGUCACAAAGUAUAAAAGUUUGUAAAACGUUGGAUAAUCAAGAAAAUGAAAAGAUGAUCAGUUUAGUAUCACCAACAUUUAUCCUUUGUCUUAGAGAUUUUUAUCUUCAAAUGGGCGGAGAAGAAGAUAACGCGCAUGUUACAGAAGAACAAUAUCUCGAAUCUUGCCUUUCUGGUUUUGGAGACGAUAAUGAAACAAUUAAAUGUAUCCGAAAGUAUUUCCCAAAUCGCACAUGUUUUAGGAUUAGCAUGCCGGUUCAUCCAAGAAAUUUGACAACUUUAGACAAUUUAACUGAAAAAGAAUUAGAUGCUGAAUUCAUCAAAGAAAUUCAAUCAUUGAGAGAGUAUAUCUACAAGUGUAAGCAGAAAAGGUUCCUUUCACAAAAGGAAAUCGAUGGCUUAGCACUUGCUGAAAUAGUCAAGACGUAUGUUGAAGCAAUCAGGAAUGGUUUUGACCUGGACAUCGAAGAAGCAUAUGAAAAAGCAUCAAAGAAACGCAACGAAGUUGUAGUCACUGAGAUUACUAACUGGUUUCAAAACCGUAUUAAAGAAAUGCAACUCCCAAUCACCAGAAAGGAAGAGUUACAGAACCAAUUCUUUGACAUCCAUAGUACAAUGAUGCAGAAGUAUAGAGAAAAAGCUUACUUAUGUGGACACGAAUCUGAGAGUAUUCUAAUUGAGCAAUUAAAAAGGGAUUGGAAAGAGUUACGUUCUAGAAACUCAAACCGCAUUCAAGAUAUAUGUAGGGAAAAACUGGAUAUCCUUCACGAUGAAAUAAUACGGAGUGAAGAAGCAUACAAUUUUGAAGAUGGCUACUCAUUAUUCAAAGCACAUAUGGGAUACUUAGAAAGUAACUUUUACAGUCAGAUGAAUGACUUUGAUAAAGAUGAGUUGACUGACGCAUUUCAAAGAUUCAAAGACAACAUGAAUGAAAAGAAAAUGGAAAUAUUGCGGAAGGAAAAGGUCAUGAAAGACAUAAAACAAAAAGAAAAAAUGGAUGCAUUGUUAGAGAAGCGACUGCAAGAAAAAUACGAGUCAUUAGAAAGAGAUAAGAUCGCGCACAUAGAGAAAGAGAAGCGAAAAUUAAUUGAUACUAUGCGUGCUCAUACAGAAGCUUUGGAGGGUGCUCUGGAGGAGGUCAACAAAAAAGGAUGCAUUCUUUCAUAAAUCAUUUAACUAGAUAAAAUUUAUAUUCAUUUACUUUAAAGGUUAUUACUGUCCAUAUAUAUCAAAUAGAAUAGAGGAAAACAGAAUCCCUAAAGAAACCCAACACGGCAAAAUUGUAAAAUGUUGCAGGCUCGGUUUGAUUGAGCCUGUUCAUAUAUGUCAAGUUGUCUAACUAUUCAAGGUGAGAAACAUGUGAUCGUUUUAUUUUACUUGUUUAUUACUUGUUUGAAAUACUAUUUAGAAAUUCAGGUUUUUAUAUUCUGCUGAUCAUAAUCUUCACUAUAUGAUUUCACUUACUGUAACGAUCUUUUUGUUUGUGUUACUGAAAUGCAGCCUGAAUAAACUGCAUUCUUCAUUUUUGCUUGUAAUGUUGCUGAUGAUCAUUAAAAGAUUUUAAAAUUUCCAGUAAUAAUUGAAUUUCUUUUUACGGCACUCAUUGAACUUUUAAUUGAUGUGAAUUUAAAGUGAAAUAUUAUAUUCGUAAACAGUUACGUAAUUUCAUUAUGGCAUACCAUACAAUGAUAUAUAUAUACCAUAAAAAUUUAUGCAAUAAAUUACGAUGUCCGAUCAAAAGACACAUUGAAGUUUCAUCAUUGUUACAUUUUUCAUGGGAUUAAAUGUAAUAUUAUUGUUCCCAUACUCAAUAUAUAAAUUGCUCUUUAAAAAUAUAUAGUAUAACUCACUACGCCUGUGUACUUUUCGUCUCCUUUUGUCCUUGCGUGUGUGUGUGGGGGGGGGUUAAGUUGCAACAAUACAAUAAAGGCCUUAUGGCUAUAUUCAAGCUUCAAUGGUGAAGAAUGACCUCAUGUAUCUUUCCUUGCAUUAUUUAAGGUACGAACGAGAACCAAGGUAGAACCACCGACAUUCGGUAAGCUAGAAGGAUAGCCUCUUCUCAUGAAAGAUUUCAAACUACGUGACGGGAAUCGAACCCACAGCGGAGAGAAGUAAAUGGUUUGAAGUCAGUGACAUUAACCUGUCGAUCACGGACGCCCCUGUGGAGCACAUAUUUUUCCGAAAUAUAAAAAAGCUUCAAUGAAGCGUUGUUAUUUUGUCAAAUAUUAAUUUUCAAAAUGAUUUAAAAUUUAGAAAUACAUCAAAAAUGCACGCCUCUCUCGAGCAUAACAUAAUUUUAUUCGAGUUCAAUAAAUACAGAAAUUUAACUACACGAAUAUUAUAAUCAAUUUGUCAGAUAUCCAAAAUGAGAACUACU